AUGUGGGGCGAGACUUUCGACGAUUUCGAAAAUGAAGAAUGCGAAUUGGCAGUUGCCAAGCAAAAUCUCAUGAGCGAGCCUGCCCGUGCCGAUUUCACUUUCCCCAAGCUUCCACUGGGAAUUCAGCCCGUCGAUUUCAUGAAAACUCACUUCGCUGAAACCGCUGGAAAAUCCAUGCAAUUCCGUAAAGGAACAACCACUCUUGCUUUUGUCUAUGAGCCAGCAACUCCAAAUGACAAAGGAGGAAUCAUCGUUGCCGUCGAUUCUCGUGCUUCCAGUGGAGAAUACAUCUCCUCGAAAUCCGUGAUGAAGAUCUUGGAUAUCGGAGAUCGCAUGGUUGCUACUAUGGCCGGUGGAGCCGCCGAUUGUCAAUUCUGGACUCGCACUGUUGCCAAAUACUGCACUUUGUACGAGCUUCGUGAGAAAACCUCUAUCACUGUGAGCGCUGCCAGCAAGUAUUUUGCUAACGUUCUUUACGGAUACCGAGGACAAGGAUUGUCUGUCGGAUCAAUGGUCGCUGGAUAUGACAAGAAGGGACCACAAAUUUUCAAGGUCGACUCGGAAGGAGAUCGGUGCCAGCUCAAGGUGUGCUCCGUUGGAUCUGGAUCUCUCAACGCUUAUGGAAUCCUUGACAAUCAUUACAAACCAAAAAUGACUGACGAGGAAGCUAGAAAUCUUGGUCUCCGUGCUAUCAUGCAUGCCACAUACCGUGAUUCUGGAUCCGGAGGAGUUUGCAAUUUGUGUCAUAUCACUCCAACAGAAAAGAUUCGCCUUCCACCUAUGGACGUCAGCAAGUUGUGGUAUGAGUUUUCUGAGGAGCUCGGCAGAGAUAUCGCCUACAACCCAGUGGAGUAA